AAUAGCUCGAAAUUCCAGGUCUCUGAGUUCAUUCUGCUGGGAUUCCCAGGCAUCCACAGCUGGCAGCACUGGCUGUCCUUGCCACUGGCACUACUCUAUCUCUCAGCAAUUGGUGCAAACAUCCUCAUCCUCAUCACCAUCUGCCAGGACCCUUCUCUGCAGCAGCCCAUGUACCUGUUCCUAGGCAUCCUCUCUGUGGUGGACAUGGGCCUGGCCACCACCAUCAUGCCCAAGAUCCUAGCUCUCCUCUGGUUUGAUGCCAAGGUCAUUAGCCUCCCUGAGUGUUUUGCUCAGAUUUAUGCCAUUCACUGCUUUGUUGGCAUGGAGUCUGGCAUCUUCCUCUGCAUGGCUUUUGACAGAUAUGUAGCUAUUUGUCACCCUCUUCGCUACCCAUCAAUUGUCACCAAUUCCUUAAUCUGUAGAGCUACCCUGUUCAUGGUGCUUAGAAAUGGCUUGUGCGUCAUUCCAGUGCCUGUGCUUGCAUCUCAACGCAGUUACUGCUCCAAGAAUGAAAUUGACCAUUGUCUGUGCUCUAACCUUGGGGUGACGAGCCUGGCUUGUGAUGACAGGAGACCAAACAGCAUUUGCCAGCUGGUCCUUGCAUGGGUUGGAAUGGGGAGUGAUCUCAGUCUUAUUAUAUUGUCGUAUACUUUGAUUCUGCGUUCAGUCCUCAGACUGAAGUCAGCUGAAGCUGCAUCCAAGGCUCUGAGCACUUGUAGCUCGCAUCUCAUCCUCAUCCUC